AUGUUACAGGAUUUUCUGCUGACGAAUCUCUCCAAGGAGGUGUACAAACCGAAUACAAUCAAUUUCUCCGCCCAAACCAGUGCCAACCAAACACAAAAUAUCAUCAUUUCAAAACUGGAUAGACGCAGGAAAGGAGUCUUUGGCCCACCCGUCGGUAAGAAAAUCGUUUUCUUCGUUGACGAUCUGAACAUGCCCAUACGAGAGGUCUACGGUGCCCAGCCACCGAUCGAGUUACUGAGGCAAUGGCUAGACCAUUGGAAUUGGUAA